AUGGGAAAGCUUAUCUUAGAUGCUAUGGAGAAGGUUGGCAAGGAGGGCGUUAUCACUGUCAAGGAGGGAAAGACGAUCGAGGACGAGCUUGUGGCUACCGAGGGUAUGAGAUUCGACCGUGGCUUCACCUCCGCAUACUUCAUCACCGAUACUAAGUCCCAAAAGGUUGAGUUCGAGAAGCCUUUGAUCCUGCUGUCAGAGAAGAAUAUAUCUGCAGUCCAGGAUAUAAUACCCGCGCUUGAAGCCUCCACUCAGAUGCGUCGUCCACUUAUCAUCAUUGCUGAGGAAAUUGAUAGAGAAGCUUUGGCAGUCUAUAUCCUCAACAAGCUACGUGGUCAGCUACAAGUUGCCGCUGUCAAGGCUCUUGGUUUUGGUGACAACCGCAAAUCCAUUCUGGGCGAUCUCGGCAUUCUCACCAACGCCACUGUGUUCACGGUCAAGCUUGAUAUCAAAUUGGAGAAAGCUACGCCGGAGAUGCUUGAAUUAACUAGCUCGAUUACGAUUACGAAAGAGGACAUCAUUAUUCUGAACGGCGAGGGCAGCGUAGACGUAAUAGCACAGAGGUGCGAGCAGAUUCGCGGCGUUAUGAAUGAUCCAUCAACGUUCGACUACGAGAAGGAGAAGCUAUAA